AUGCCGUUUAACAUGCAGGCGGACCCAAGUGAGGUGCUUUCUUUAAAGGGUUUGCUGCACGUCAUCUAUCUCCACAAAAGUAGCCUUGAAACAGCCACUUCAGUUUUAAACCCGACUUGUUUCGGCACAUUGAAUGGGAUCAAAUCCUCCAUUUACAUAGCUGCCUUUCGGUGUACAGCGAAUGUCCUGAUCGCCACCAUCCUUUCUGCAAUAGGCUGA